AUGGAAAAAACGAAUUCCUUGAUUCACGGUGUUCUUUUGGAGACUAAGCUGAACGAUGAAGAAGAAAAGAAGGGAAGACGAUUCGGAUUGUUGACUGACCACUUGUAUGUAUACAAACGAAGUGCAUUGAGUCAUGCCUUAAUUCAGCAAUAUGACAAUAUGAGAAACAUUGAAAAGCAGAUCAUGUUGGCAAAUUGUGUUGUGAAUAUUCAUAAUCCAAAUCUUCCCGAAAUUUCGGAAGCGAAACAGAAGGCGUUUCAAUUAGCAAAAACAGUUUAUGAGAAAACUCUGAAAUUAAAGGAACGACGGUUGAUUUUUGAAAAAGAAGAGAUUGAUUUAUAUCGGAAAUUUGUUCACAAUCUGUAUGAAAAGUCAAAUGAUGACAAAGAAUUGAAAGAUCUCAGUGAUGGAUAUACUUGGAUAGCAAAGAAGUUUGAAGAGAUCUCGAUAACUCAUUUGGAAGAAGAAGAAAUCGAAAGAAUUGAUGAAGAAACUGAUGAAAAAAUGGCAAGGCUUGUGGCAAUUUGUAGAGAAAAUGAGCCAAUGGAUGAGGAGAAUCUCGAAAAGUUUUAUAAAUGGAGAGCGCUCAAAAAAGAAAAGAAAGAAUCGGAACAAGAGUUGGAGCUAUCUCAUAGAAAGCUAUCAGACGAAACUCGAAAAUUCCGGAAUAUAUUUUUGGAUCGAUACGAAACACUUAAUGAAAUCGAAAAAGAAUUUAUAUCGAUUGGUUGUUCAGGAGAACUAUUACCAAUUGCUAUGACCGAAGCUUCAAAAUUAUUUCUUCUCGAGAUUACAGAUCGAAGUUUUGUUGUUGAUAAGGCUUUGAUUGCAUACAUAGAAGGGCUGAAUCGUGGUUUUCAAUCAAUUUUGAUGUUUCGAAAACACUUUCCCCCGAGUAUUCCAAGAAGUUAUGAAGAUGAUAUUUAUAUUCAAUUGUUCGAGGUCAAUGACGACACAGAUUUUGUUCAAAACGUUUUUUCUCAAUACGCAUUCAAUUGGUAA